GGAGGAGGAGGAGGAGGAAGAGUCCGGCUGCUCACGCAGAGCACAACUCACUGCAGCAACACAGAGAUCACAUGUGACUGAAGUGCUGCUGGAAAUGUUAGGCGGCUAUUUUGGAGGCAUUUGGAGAAUGUUCAUCUUGCUGAUGUGAUGCAUUACAUAGUUUAUGAUAUAGUGUUCUUGAGUAGUGCAGACUUCAAAGACACUCAGAGACGAGUGUUAGAACCCUUAAGGUCAGAGAUCAUAUGAUACUGACUGAGCGUGUGAUUCACUAUAAGCACCAGUCUUUACUGACACCACUAUGGGCCAGCUGUUCUCAUCAGAAGAAGAGCUUUGUCGGGUGAAGGAUGCGAUGGGUUCCUUCCUCUACGACGCCAUGUUGGAAGGCGGAGCCGUGCCCGACCUCGGCGUCAGCCACCCUCUCCUCCUGACCAAUCACGACGAGAGCCUCGACUCCAGGGCCCGCCUCCAGAAACACCUGCGACAGCUGCAGGGCGACAUCGGGAACAAGGUGCCGACGUACCUGAAGGACCUGAUCGGUCGUCUGGCGUCCUUCUCGGACGAGCCGCGCCUGGCCGGCCUGGUGGGGUUGGCGGUGACCGUGGUGAUGGAUGUGGCCUACACGUCGUCGAAACAGUCGGGCGUGAGAGGGAAGUCUGCGGGGUCGUCGUCAGGCCAGCAGAGAGUCUGGGAGCUCCAGGAGGUGAUGGAGGAGUACCUGAAGCGCUGCAGGAUCAACCUGAGUGACAAAAGCAGGCUGAUCCAAGACUCCAUCAGACUGGAGGUCCAGCUGAGCUUCACCCUCACCCAGCUGAAGACCUGUCUGCUGGGGGGAGACUGUGACUCCAGGUCUCUGAGGCACUGGGCCAGCGGAGCAGCGUUUCACACCCAGAUGUUGGUCCACCUGGCUGGUCUGGAGGGUCGGACUGAGCCGCUGGAUGCAACGGCUGUACUGGAGCAAUACAAGGAAGACCUGACCCAGAUCAUACCCGCUUACAGGCGUUAUAAGUCGAGUACGGUGUGUGUCGUGAAAUGUCGGGGGGGUCUUCUGGCGUCAUGCGAUCAGUCCAGCGAGGCGCCGGAGGACGGAGCCAUGACGGGCCUCACUGUGACGGACAGAGAGACGGGGAGGACUGUGACCGUCCCUCUGUCGGCCAUGAGGACGGAGACAGACAGAAGAAGAAGAGUCUCUGGUCCUGAUGCCACCUCUGAAACCACGUCCUCCUCCAUUAACCUGGACCUCAUCACCUCAGAUCAGUACGCCCAGGCCUACCUGCACCAUCUGUUCUCUGAUAAGGGACCCGUGGCAAAGCUGGAGAACUACUUCAUCAAGGCCGGUGAUGAUCUGAGGACACCGAGGACUGAACCGGGAUGUACGAACAAGACGGGGGUGAGAAACGGAGGAGAGCAGAGUGAUGGAGUGCAUUUAAGAGGCCGCGCGGAGGGCGUCGAUGGACAACAGAGAGUGGACGGAGGUGACGGAGACGAACGAGACGAGAUGCAGGAACGUGAGCAGAGAGAUGAAAGCUUGCAUCUGAGUAUUGUGGAGACGCAGCCGGACGAGAGCCUCCAUCGCAGCGCAACAAGCUCAUGAAAGUCAGGACGGGAUGAAGAGAAACAAACUAAACUCUGCAGCCUCGUUUGUAAUUCAUUCAGAACCCAGUUAUGUUCCCAACACACAAAUGAAAUAUUAUAACGGCGGGUUUUUACUCAAAAUGCACUCGAAAACCAUUAGCAAUAAAAUAAUAAUUAAAUAUUGUAUGAUGUGUGUUUUUAUUUCCUGUUCAUUACAGUUGUCGGAGAAUCGGAAUGCGAAAAAACACCGAAUUAAAAAUGACAAUAAGAAGUCUUUAGUGACCUUUUUAACUUGUUUUAUGUUGCAUGAAAGGUGGCGUCCUGAGUUUAAUAUCCUGCGUAGAUAAUCAAUAUAGAUGAUUAUAAGAUGGUUGCAACAUUAGAAAAUCAAUCAAAACAGUAUUUCCCUUCUGGUGACAUUCCUCGCCCAUUCCAAUGGUUGAAGCUAGAAAUCUUCUAUACGACACAAUAUCGUGUUUAAACACAAAUGAUGUACUUUAACAACAUGAUUAACGGAUCAAAAUGUGCCUUACUCUUCCUCCUCGCCUUACGGGCGGCCAUGUUUGCUUAAAGGGGGCGUGGUUCUGCUGCAGGCCACUUUUGAUGACGUGGCACACUGUGAUUGGCUUUCAGACAUCCAGUCAAAUAGGUGUGUUUAUUUGGGUGGAGUCAGAUGACAGUAAUCGUAGAUCUAGACGUACUAGAAAAGUUAAGACAAAUAUAAGCUUUGGGUUUCAGUGUGAUGUCUAUUAAAGGGACAGUGUGUAAGUGUUAGUGGCGUCCCCUCAGCUCAGCCCCUCCCUUUCCAGGGUGGUUG